GCCACCGUGACCUGGGUUUGGUCGUUUUUGGCGUGCGCAGGUCCUACCACAGCAAUCUUCCAACCCAUCCCCACGGACGCGUCAUGACUUCUACUCGUAUAGCUUUCUUUCACGCAGGUAAGUACCUGCAAACUGAGAAGUUACUAGGCCUCGAGUUGUUCCACUAGUCUUCUGGCAUUUUAUCUAUAUAAGCAACCACCACACAUCCUUGAGGACAUCAUCCACUUCUCUCAUUGUGGGAGAACCAUAGUAGACCAUUGUGCGUUUUAGUUGAGAGAUGGUGAUGAGCUAUAUACCAUCUUUUCUUCUAGCACUGCUGCUAGCAAGUUCUGGUCUUGGCAGCUGCUUUCCCUUCACCUCCCUUGCAGAAGCAUGCAGUCCCAGUGGCCAACUUGUAGGCAAGGCUGGCCACUGCAACACCGAGAACGACUCCGAGUGUUGUAAGGCUGGACAGAAGUACGAUCAGUACCUUUGCUCGCCGCCGGUGACCGGAGCCACCAGUGCAAGGAUGACCAUCAACAGCUUCAAAAAAGGUGGGGACGGUGGUGGACCUUCGGAGUGCGACGGUCAUUUUCACAGCGACAAUGAGAGGGUUGUGGCCCUCUCAACUGGAUGGUACAAUCAGGGUAGCCGAUGCGGCAAAAACAUCAGGAUCAACGCAAAUGGUAACUCUGUUCUGGCUAAAGUUGUUGAUGAGUGUGAUUCUGUAAAAGGUUGCGACGCCCAGCACGAUUUCCAGCCGCCAUGUCCGAACAAUAUAGUGGAUGCAUCAAGGGCAGUGUGGAAGGCUCUCGGGAUCCCUGAUUCGAAGAUUGGGGACUCUCAGAUUACUUGGUCCGAUGCAUGAUGAGAGAUGAUCUCGAAUUAGAAGCCUAUGUUAUGCAACUAUAAUAAAUUCCAAAGUCACCAUCUGGCUUUGUUUGCCCUAUGUUAAAUAAAUCAUAUCAAUAUGCAACCGAAGGACUAUAGUUGCCUAUAGUCCAGUUUGCCUUCCAAGUUCUCUGCUUACAUGUUAUGUACUAAUGUUAUCUUCUAGUUUUUUCUCGAA